AUGAAACUUUCUAGUAUUGCUGGGUCGAUGGCCCUUUUGAGCAUUUCUGCUGCUUAUCCAAUCAACACCAUCCAAUCAAAUGAUAGCGAUGAUAAUGCUAGACCUCAUAUGUUGCACCAUAUUGUUGGUAAUAGACAACUGGAAGGCGUGCAUGCUAGCUUUCAUGAUAAGAGAGGGUUUUUCGACGACGUUGAUAAUUGGUUACAUCAACAUCGUAAAGAUAAUGAAACUAUCGUUGAUAAAAUGUUUCACCAUAAAGAUAAUGAAACUAUCGUUGAUAAGAUGUUGCACCAUAAAGAUAAUGAAACUAUCAUUGAUAAAUGGUUCCAUAAUAAGGAUAAUGCCACGGUGAUUGAAAAAUGGUGGGAUCAUAAAGACGGAGAAAGCAUGGUCAAGGGUUUGUUACAUCACCAUAAUGAAACCAUCAUGCAGGAAUUGUUCCACCAUAACAAAAAUAAUGAGACCAGGGGAUCCCAUGAAUUGUCCAAAAGAACAUUCUUUGAUGAUAUUGAUAAUUGGUUACACCAUAAGAAAGCCAACGAAACCGGGUUUGACAAAAGAUCGUUCUUUGAUCAUGUUGAUAACUGGUUACACCAUAAGAAAUCCAACGAAACCAGUCUUGGUAAAAGAUCAAUCAGUGCUCAAAAAGAUGGUUUUGUGAACGCCAUGGACAAUUGGUACGGCCAAAUCAGUGGGAAUGUCACCUAUGAUGCUAAAACUUUGAUCCAUACUCUUGAUUCCUGGUUCCAUCAAGAGUUUCAACGGUUCGAUAACACCACUAACAAACCAUCAGGAUUAGGUAAAAGAAACUUACUCGAUGAUUUGUUUGGUCAUUACGAAAAUAAAACUGGGUCUUCUUCUUUGCUUUAA